CCAUCCAAUGAUCGCUGUAAAAACACCGCCUGGUUGUCCUUCCACGUCAGUUUGUGCCUUCACUGUUCCCAGGCAUGGAGUCAGGUGAUUGGCAGGUGGUAAGUAAGAGGAAAACAGGCAAAAAGUCACAACGGAUUAAAGAAAACUCGCUUUGUAAAGCUAAAGGAUCUGCUCCAUUCACUGGAUGGGCACUCCCCCAGUGCCAGGUGUAUGUUGGCUACCGUAAAUAUACCUCCUUCUUCCUAAAGAAGCAUUUUUGCAAAACAUGUCGGAAGCUUACCUUGUCAUUGCUCAAUUCUCAGCAAAACAUGUUCUGGAUACAGGAGCUGGCUGCAGUUGCUGAUUUAGUGGAAAACCUAAGAAUAUCUGACUUUUGGAAAUCCUGCCAGGGUUGUCUUCACAAAUGUCAAAAUAUAGCUUCAGCAGUUUCAAAAGACAACAGUGACGCUGGAGAGUUAAUAAAAAACAGUUGCCUGGAGGAAAAUGUACCUUCUCACCGAUGUCUCCAAGACUAUGAAUGUGUCUGUUAUGGUCUGGGAAAUUUUGUUUCAUGUGUUAUAUCCCGGCAUCAGCUGGCUUUCUUACUGCUCUUCCUGGAACAGUUUAAGAUUCCACGUCAGCAGUGCAAUGUUUUUGACCCGAUAUUUUCCACGUUAGAGAUUUCUGUGCUUCAAGAACUGGAUCUAAAAGUUAUUUUUAAAAAUGAGGAGGGGAAGCAUGCUGUGCAGAAACCCACAGUGUUCUACAUGCUGCAUUGUGGGAAGGCUCUAUACAAUAACUUGCUGUGGAGGAACUGGUCAGUAGAGGCUUUGUCACAAAUGAUUAUCAUUGGCAACAGUUUUAGAGGGAUCGAAGAACGGUUGCUAUCCCGAAUUUUGCAAAGAGACUAUACUUAUAUCUAUAAGAGUUUACAAGCUGUAAAAGAAACUGCGUUCCCGGAGUGCCCCGAGUACAGUGAUAUCUUCAAUGACACGUCUAUACAUAGCUUUCCUCUUGCCAAGCUACAGACUUUUCCUGAAGAUCUAUGGCAGCUUCCGGAGGAGCCUCAGUACCAAGAGAGUGAUGACCUGGAGAUCGUUCGAAAUCUUACUAUAUAGUACUGGAAGUAAUUGA